GCUGUCAUCAUGACCCUGGAUUGAACGUCCAGGCGGAUGCGGAAACUUCUCGGACACAUAACGUGAGAUCGCCUGAGAUAAAUCAUCGAUGUUUCCGCUCCAACACCCAUAACCUAAUCGUGGGAAUUGUAUCAUUGGCACUCAGUUUUCAACAUCACUUUACGUUUGUCAACUGGAACUUUGUCAAUCCCGUCUCGUACCAGGGUACCUACUGUUACUUUCACCUUGUGUUAAGCUGCAUACUAGCCCAACAUGAAUGCCGCCGCUCGCUCAAUCGAACUUCAGAAGUUCUUCAACAACUUCAAGGCCCUUGGGGGCGGCGCCUUGGAGGAGGUAUUGUUCCAGAACGCCCGCCGGGUCAGCAUGCCUCUUGCCACGAGGAUGUUGGACCAGAUGGGGUUGACCGAAGCCACCGAGACCCCCUUCAAAGUCUUUGAGAACGCGUGCGGCGUGGGCGUCGUUGCGCCUAUCCUACACAACAUCACCAAGCCCGAGGUGCUGAAGCAGAGUAGUAUCCUAUGCGGUGACUUCUCGGAGCAGGUGAUUGGGCUGGCAAAGCAGGCGAUCGAGAAGCAGGGUUGGGAGAAUACCGAGGCGAGACAGAUCGAUGCCCAGAAAACUGGCCUUGAAAGCGGUGCCUUCACUCACGUGGCGACAAACAUCGGACUCCACGUCGUCCCCGAUUCGGAGGCCGCGCUGGACGUCGCAGAAACAAUCCGUAUCCUUCAGCCUGGGGGCGUCCUUGGCUUCACCACCUGGCACCAGGAGGUCGGUUGGAUUACUGAUAUGAGAGAAGCCUUCAAGACAUUCCCUUUCGAAGCGCCGUUUGACAUGCCGAUGCAAACCACCGCCUGGGGUACCUGGACUGAUGUGAACUGGAUCCGCAAAACCCUCGAGAAAAAGGGUCUGGAGGACGUGAAGGUGGAUGUGUUCGCAUUCCUCAGUCACACUGAGGGCCCCGACGCGUUCCUAGCCAAUUUUGAGAUGAUGUUGAGUUUCAUCAUGAACAGCUGUUGGUCCGAGGAGCUGAGGAAGGAACACCCCAUGGAAGAGGUGCAAAAGUUACUCAGGGAGUUUCUCGAGAAGAAAUAUGAGGGAGAUGGGUGGGAUAUCAGUUGGGUUGCCGUUAUCGCGACCGCCCGGGUGCCAUCCGAUGCGCGGCGUUGAGGGGCGCAUCGAAUUACGAGAGGAGAAAUCGGAUAGUUUGGUGGAAGUUAACCGAAGCUGCUGAAAAGCAAAGUGCAACAAAUUCUGAGCAGUGAGAUUUGAGAGAUUCGGGCUGCAACCCCGCAUUGGGCACACC